AAAGUAUAAUGAGUACUAUACGUAGUGUUUUAUUUUUCAUUAGCUUAUUACAAUGUGCUUUGAAAUGGCCUGUUGUAUGUGAUAUCAGACUGAUACAGGGUGUAAAUAGCAACAUGGAAGAACUAAAACAAAUUAUAUACAUGUUUAACGAGGAUUCUUCGAAAAUUUGUUUUAACGUUCGGACAGCACAGUGGACCUAUGCUACAAAUAUGACAGAUCGUAAUAAAAAAAUAAUGAUCAACGAACAAACUCGAAAAGCAAAUUACGACAAGUUAUCGUGGAGAAAGGUUGUUAAAUACGACUGGCAGCUCAUGAAUGACACCAAUUUGAAGCGACAGAUAAAAUUUAUAAUAAUCUCUAGUAGAGCGAGUUUAAGCGACGAAAAAUACAAUGAGAUAUACUAUUUAAUAUCAGAAAUGAAAGAUAUUUACAAUAAGAUUCGCAUUUGUCCAUUCGACGAUGGUUUCGACGAGAAGUGCACUCUGCAACUGGAACCUGAUAUAAAAAACAUCAUGAUGCAUUCUAGAAAUCCAGACGAGCUUCUCCAUGUUUGGAACGAAUGGCAUAACAAAGUUGGUCCACCGAUGAAAAACAAGUUCAUGAGAUACGUACAAUUGGCAAACCAAGCAGCAAGAAUGACUGGCUUUGCUGACGCCGGAGAACAAAUGUAUUCACUAUACGAGACAGAAAACAUUGAAUAUGAACUGGAAGACACUUGGAGGACAAUACAACCACUUUACAAAGAACUUUUUACAUAUGUAAGAAAAAAAAUCAUAAGUAGAUACGGACCUGAUGUCGUUAGACCGGAUGGACCAAUUCCUGCUCAUCUUUUCGGUAACAUUUGGGCACAAGACUGGAGCAACUUGAAAGAUUUAGUAUUACCUUAUCCAUUUGCCGAAAAGCUAGACAUCACAGAUAAAAUGGUUCAAAGUGGAUUCAAUGCGUUAAGAAUAUUUCAGAUCGCUGAGGAAUUUUAUACGUCUCUUGGAUUAAAACCCAUGCCCCCUGAAUUUUGGAGAUAUUCAAUGUUAGAACGACCAAAGAAGAAGACUGCACAAUGUACAACAAGUGCAUGGGAUUUUUGCAAUGGAAUUGAUUUUAGAAUAAAGCAAUGCACGGAAAUAAACACUGAAAGCUUUGUUUCUGCUCAUCAUGAAAUGGCUCAUAUACAGUAUUAUUUGCAUUACGUCAAUCAACCAUACUUAUUUAGAGACGGUGCUAAUCCUGGUUUUCACGAAGGAAUCGCAAAUGCUAUUGGUCUUUCUAUAUUCAACCCCUCCCAUUUUCGUCGCAUUGGAUGGUAUAAAAAUGGAACCGACAAUUAUGAAACAAAUAUAAACUUUUUAAUGAUAAAAGCUUUGGAAAAGCUCUCGUAUGCACCGUUUGCUUAUUUGGUUGAUAAGUGGAGGUGUCAAAUUUUUAGAGAAGGUGUGGAAAAUAUGAACUCAGCCUGGUGGGAUUUGAGGUUGAGAUAUCAAGGAGUCAUACCUCCAUCCCCUAGAACAGAACAGCAUUUAGAUGCAGUUGCAAAAAGACAUAUCCCCGCCGACAUGCCUUACAUGAGAUACUAUGUGGCACUUUUAUUAGAAUUUCAAAUAUUCGAAUCGCUAUGUUCGGCAGCAAAGCACAGGGGACAAUUGCAUUCGUGUGAUAUUUAUAGAUCGACAAGUGCAGGUCAGAUACUAGAAGAUGCUCUUCAAUUAGGGAAAUCCAAACACUGGAAAGAUGUCCUUAAAAUUUUAACCCAAGGAAAGACGGAUCGAUUAUCGUCCCAUUCAAUACUGAAAUAUUUUGAACCUUUGCAUGCAUGGUUAAAAAUUCAAAAUGUGAAAGAGCCUUUGAUUGGGUGGAAUUCGUCUUUAGAAGACACAUAUUUGUAUCAUCCGGUUGUACGCAGCACUGCAUCAAUACUCUCAUUUAAAUCAAUUUUGUAUACUGUUGGUUUUUCUUUUUUGUUAAUAAAUAUUAUUUAACACAAAAAUGUGGGGUCUGUAGUCCCAAAUACAGAUCAUCUAGCUUACCCGACUAUUUAAAUCAACGUUUUGCAUUUCUUGGUAGUGAUUUUUUAAUUUUUAAAAUGAAGAGUAGCAAAAAGUAAUAUUGAUUUAUCAUCAGUACAAGUUCUUCUGUGCCUAGACUGUUUGGGCAUACACCUCCACUUCGUUCUAUCCCGCCAAUUAGAACAUUUGUCUUCCUGUUUUUUUUUACUCCUUUCUCUGCUUCUGAUGUGUCUCUAACUAGCCCUUCAUGUCUCAAAAGGUGUCUUACCAUCCGACCUCUCCAAGUUGACUUCUAUAACUCCUUUUGCUCUCUUACAUUUUUCAAUAUCUUCUUAUUUUUAACCUUUUCCAUAGACGGCAUUUUCAUUAUCUGCCUUUAACACCAUAUCUCAAAUGCUUACAUUUUCAUUUCCGCCACGCCUACUACCUAUUUUUCGAGUCCCUACUUAGCCAUGCUCCCAACACACACAUUUAAUGAAUUUUUAG